UUAUAUAUGUAUAAAUGUAGGGUAGAGUUAAUCUACACGCGCGCCCUCUGGCGCCGACUUGUUCUUGUAACGUUUCGUCAGUCCGGAAAUAAACCUGUGUCUGAACGCCUGUUUUUCUAUUGGCUCCACCCCAGAACUAUUCCGCAUCAUCCCUCACCAAGUAUAGACUACAUAUCUAUCAACUGGCGACGAGAUCCUUCGAACUUCGCGCGAGCAGUGUCAGCGGAGCCACGAAUACGUUUUUAUCACGACGGAGGGAAAGAGAAAUUACAGGAGGGAAACUGCAAUAUGGCGGUGGGCAAAGUGGAACCGUUCGACAUCCAUAAAGGCAGCUGGGAAGCCUACAAGGACCGAGUGGAGCAGUAUUUUGUGGUUAACGAGGUCAAGGAGGAGAGGAAAGUUCCACUGUUGAUAACUUUGAUGGGUGCGGAGGCGUACGAGCUCUUAGUGACUCUGUGUACACCGGAGAAACCGUCUACCUUAAAGUACGACAAAAUUAAUCAACUGUUAGCCGAUCAUUUGCAGCCUACGCCCAGUGUUUUAGCGGAAAGGUACAAGUUUCGUCAGCGUAAACAAGCAAAAAGUGAAUCGGUGGCGGAUUACUUAGCGGAUCUGAAGAAGUUAAGUAGGUUCUGUGACUUUGGAACUUGGUUAGACGAAAGUGUAAGGGAUCAGUUUGUGUGCGGUUUACAUAGUGAGAGCAUUCGUUUAAGGUUAUUUACGGAGAAGGACCUUAAAUUAAAAACGGCUACGGACUUAGCGAUUGCAAUGGAGGCGGCGGAAUUUAAUGCGGCGGAGGUAGCUCGGCGAAAUAAUCCCGGCGGCGAGCGAGAGGCAAGCUGCCAUGCCAUAAGUGAAGCGGCGGGGAGAGCGAGAGGCAACACACGAGGCGGCGCGACGUCAAGCGGAAUUGGACGAACAUGGCCGAAAGGGAACGGGCAACGCAAAUAUGGCGGCGCCGGCGCGGAAGUGACACUGACAGCUGAUUUCAAACGAAAAGGAGGUCACGGACACGGUCAGGGUCAACUUUGUACUGUUUGUGGCCGAGAUCAUUCCAGUGAAACAUGCAAAUUCAAGUUAUAUUCGUGUCGAGUGUGCAACCAGCAAGGACAUUUAAAGAAAAUGUGCCCGCGAUUGUCACGUUCCGGAGGACUACAUUACGUAUUUACGGAAACGGGGGAUCAAUCGGCCCCGGAAGAUGAUUUAGAGUUCCAGAUUUAAAGACGUUUUCUCGGAGGGACUGGGCCGGUACAAUGGCGGGCUGGUCACGCUGCGGGUGAGAGACGGCGCCAGGCCGGUGUUCCUGCGCGCGCGGCCAUUAGCAUACGCCCUUCGUGGACCUGUGGAGAGGGAGCUCGAGCGGCUGCAGCAAGAGGGUGUCAUCACACCCGUGGAAACAGCGGACUGGGCAACUCCAAUCGUCCCGGUGGUCAAGUCAGAUGGAUCUCUCCGGAUUUGUGGUGAUUAUAAGAUAAGUUUGAACAAAUAUCUAGAAGUGGACCGUUUUCCCUUACCAAGAGUAGAAGAUUUGUUUGCCAAGUUACAUGGUGGUAAAAAGUUUAGUAAGAUUGACUUGUCCCAGGCAUACGCACAGCUAGUUUUGGAUGACACCUCCAAGUAUACAGUUAUAAACACACACAAGGGCUUGUUUAAAUAUAAUCGUCUUAUAUAUGGUCUAUCCUCGAGCCCGGGAAUUUUCCAGAGGAUUUUGGAACAAAUGUUUGCGGAUAUACCUCGGGUUGGUGUGUUCUUAGAUGAUGUGGUUAUUAC